GAGGGGCGCUCCUGAGAGUCCCUUCCGCUGGAGAGGGAAGGCUGGGGUGGGAGAGGGAGUUGUAUGUAUUUGUCUCUCAGGACCGCAGUUCGUGAGCAUCUUGAUUUGGCGAGACACACACACACACACAGAGUCCCCCGCAUCCCAAACUGUCCCAGCCGCUGGGCGAGGGCAGCGCCGGCUGCUAACCUCUCCCUCCCGGGGCAGGAAUUGUCCGCUGCGCCUUUAACGGGUGUCGUUACACCGGGGGCUGAGCUGCAGGAAGAAACAGCCACCGCCGCCGCGCUUGGCGCCCUGGCGGCGGCUCCCCUCCGGCUCCCGGCGCUGCAGCCUGAGCCCCGGGAGAGGUGCCGCUAGAGGCAGCCGAAGGAAACCAAUGUGGCCAAGGCGCCGCGUCUCCCCUGCGCGCUAGGAGAGCUCCGGCCGCCGGGGCGCAGCGGGCUUGGAGAGCGGCGGCCUCGGGCAGGUGCGGGACUCGCGGCUCGGCGGCAGGAGCCCCGGGGAGAUGGCGAAAGCCUCACGCCCAGGAGACAUUACUCAGCACAGGACCUGUUUCACAGCUGCAAGUCAUAUAUUUAAGAUAGCACAAUCAAUCUAAAAACCUGGAUGAAUUAAAUGUAUUAAAAACAAUACCAGGAAUUUUCUGGCUUGGAUUGAUCAUUUCAAUGUGAAAGCCUAAGACAACAGCUGGUUCGCGCAGAUUCAGUGGCACUCAGUGGCACAUGCAGAAUAUAAUUAAUGACUCUGUGGAGAGCUCAGACGAUGAAUUCUUUGAUGCCCGAGAGGAGGUGGUGGAAGGGAAAAGUGCCAUCCUGAUAGGAAUGAGCCAGUGGAACUCCAAUGACUUGGUAGAGCAGAUCGAAACAAUUGGGAAGCUGGAAGAAAAUCAAGCAGGUGAAGAGUCUGCGGUUUGCUCAUCUGGCUUUCUCCAGGAAAAGCAACGUGAAUUGUAUAGAGCCUCUUUGAGAAAACAAAGAUUCCCUGCACAAGGCAGCAUUGAAAUACAUGAAGACAAUGAGGAAGGAACUCCGCACAGGAACUGUAAAACUCAUGUCCUUAUUCUUGUCCUACAUGGGGGCAACAUCUUAGAUACAGGAGGAGGAGACCAGAACUGCAAGAUGGCUGACAUCAACACCUUCAGUUCCGUGUUUGAGAAGGUGACCCGAGCCCAUUUCCCUGCUGCACUGGGCCACAUCUUAAUCAGGCUUGUCCACUGCCCAGCCAUUUGUUUGGAGGCUUUCUCUCUUGUUUCCAACCUGAAUCCCUACAGCUAUGAUGAGAACUGCCUCAGCAGUAGUGAAGACCACAUCCCACUGGCUGCCUUGCCCUUGCUGGCCAUUUCCUCCCCUCAGUACCAGGAUGCAGUUGCCAUGGUGAUUAGCAGAGCCAACCAAGUUUACAAUGAAUUUCUCAAGUCUCCAGAUGGGACUGGUUUUAAUGGACAGGUGUGCCUCAUCGGUGACUGUGUUGGAGGAAUUUUGGGGUUUGAUGCCAUCUGCUACAGUGCUGGCCCUGCGGGUGAGAGUCAGAACAGUAGCAGGAGAGGGAGCCUCGGCAGCAUGCAGGAUAAUCCCCUUUUAGCAGAGGAUUCCAGUCUGGGUGGCAGCAAACGCCUAAGCAAAAGUAAUAUUGACAUUUCGGGAAUCAUGGAGGAUGAGGCACCAAGGCAACCAUUGCCAAGGAAACAGAGCGACUCGUCCACUUAUGACUGUGACACUAUUUCCCAACACCAUGCUUUUCUGUCGAGGGUGAUGCCGAUAGAGAGAAAAGCCCCAUUGUGUGCUCCCAAGUUUCAGUUCUGUGAGAGCUCAGGUACAGUGCAGACUUGCCACAGUGCUGUACUCCAGCCUGCCUGUUUUGUCAGUAAUAGCUCAAGUAUCCACGCGAGUGUUAUGAAGAACGAUGCAGACUUUCCUCCUAUGAGCAGCUCCAGUCUCUCGGAAGUAAACCUGGGACGGUUUGAAUUUGAAGUUUCAGAUUUCUUCCUGUUUGGAUCACCGCUUGGCUUAGUACUGGCCAUGAGGAGUACUGUUCUGCCUGGACUGGAUGUUUGCCAAGUCCGUCCAGCUUGCAGCCAAGUGUACAGUUUCUUUCACUCUGCUGAUCCCUCUGCCUCCAGGCUUGAGCCGCUGUUGGAGAAAAAAUUCCACCUCUUGCCUCCAUUUAACGUCCCAAGGUACCAGAGAUUUCCACUGGGAGAUGGAAGAUCACACCAAUUAGCUGACACUCUCCACAACCAGAGCGCCCUGCUUCUUGAGAACAUCUCCAGGGUCAUACCCUCCUCUCCAGAGACUCCAGAAUCUCCAGACAUGCUGAGUCAGUCACAAGGAAGGACAAGGAGGACAAGCUUGGUCAGCAUGAACAGUGAAACCUCUGGGUCGACAGAGAGCUUGCCAUCAACAAACAUCUCCAAUAUUACUGCCAAAUGGUGGGGAACAAAGCGAAUAGAUUAUUCCCUGUACUGUCCUGAUGUUCUAACUGCAUUCCCAACAGUGGCCUUGCCACAUCUCUUCCACGCCAGCUACUGGGAAUCAACUGACGUCGUGGCAUUCAUUUUAAGACAGGUGAUGAGGUAUGAAAAUGUGAAUGUCAAGGAAAAUGACAGCUUGGACCCUGCAACACUAAGCCCCUCCAAUCCACGAGAGAAAUGGCUACGCAAGAGGACACACGUCAAGCUCAGAAACGUAACUGCCAAUCACAGAGCAAACGAUGUCAUUGCAGCCGAAGACGGUCCUCAGAUACUGGUUGGGCGGUUUAUGUAUGGCCCCCUGGAUAUGGUCGCUUUAACGGGUGAAAAGGUUGAUAUCCUUAUUAUGACUGAACCCUCUUCGGGGAGGUGGGUGUAUUUCGACACAGAGAUCACCAAUAGCAGUGGCAGGAUAUCCUACAACAUACCCAAACAGAAGAGGCUUAGAGUUGGCGUGUAUCCCAUCAAAAUGGUGGUUAGGGGUGACCAGAGCAAUGCAAUGAGUUACCUGACUGUGCUUCCCCCGGGAAUGGAGUGUGUGGUGUUUAGCAUUGAUGGCUCCUUUGCAGCGAGUGUCUCAAUCAUGGGUAGUGACCCUAAAGUUCGAGCUGGGGCUGUAGACGUUGUCCGACACUGGCAGGAUCUGGGAUACCUGAUCAUCUAUAUCACUGGCCGUCCUGAUAUGCAAAAGCAGAGAGUGGUCUCGUGGUUAUCUCAGCACAACUUUCCUCAAGGGAUGAUUUUCUUCUCGGAUGGGCUUGUUCAUGACCCACUACGACAAAAAACUAUUUUCCUCCGGAAUCUAAUGCAAGAGUGCUACAUCAAAAUUUCUGCUGCGUAUGGCUCAAUGAAGGAUAUUUCUGUGUACAAUGUUUUGGGUCUGUCGCCUUCCCAGAUCUACAUAGUUGGACGUCCGACAAAGAAAUACCAGACUCAAUGUCAGUUCCUCAGUGAAGGUUACGCGGCGCACUUAGCCUUGCUGGAGUUCAGUCUCCAUUCACGGCCCAAGAAGAACAACUCCCGGAUGAUCUUGAGGAAAGGAAGCUUUGGCCUGCACUCCCAGCCCGAGUUUCUACGGAAAAGGACUCACCUUCGCAGGACUAUGUCUGUGCAGCAGCCUGACCCACCUUCGUCAAACCCCAAACCAGAGCGUGCCCAGAGCCAGCCUGAAUCCGAUAAAGAUCACGACAGGCACCUGCCCCCCAUAGCCUGGGUUCGAGGUGGGGUCCAUAAAUUUGAGUCUGCACCUUAGGAAGCAUUGAGAUAUAAGUCUUGUGUGCCGGCCAAUCAACCUGUAGGCAUGGGGUGGGACACAACCAGAGGCUUCCUUGCUCUGGAAUCUGCCUUCUUAAACCAAGUAGGGAACUUUGUUUGUUCCUCUUAACAUACCUGUUAUAAAACUUAAAAUCCCAGAUCUAAAACUAUCGCAAGUGCUUAACAUCAAAACUGCAAAAAUAUGUCUUAGAAUUUUUUUUUACAAUACACAUUAUAAAAUGUGCAAUAAGAGAAAAGCGGUAACAGGUUGGUUUUACUCAAUGGAAGAUGCUUAAAGGAGUGACAUCAGUUAACUAGUAGUACCUUUAAAAAAAGCAUAAGCAGGUAAAAUGAGUGAAAGAGAAGGCUUACGUUUUAAAACCCUAAUGGCAGUAUCAAUUCCUGCUAUACUCCUGAGAAAGUGUUAUACACAGAAGGGAAGUGCAGGUGGAGUGGAAUGUGGAAGGCAAACUGUUUGGGUGCCUUAAACCCAAGAAAAUUUCCUUUGGCUUAUGGUGUUGAUGCAUGUGCAUCAGCUCAAGUUCUGAUCUAUACAUCUUAUAAGUGAGGUAGCUAGACUUAAAAUACCUACUGGAGAAAUCUACUUAAGAACCAAAUCAUAAACACUUGAUGUUUUAAAAAAAAAAAAGUCUCUUUUCUGCAGUCUGAAGCACUGAUGGUGUUGCUGUAUACAAAGAUCACACAUUUUUCGUGGAGAUUGGUGACUGUACGAAUGUUUGAAUUGCUCCAAGCACCAAGAUGGGUUUGAUGCUUUCGAUAUAAGACAUGGAUCCUUCUUAGGUAAGCUAAAAAACCCCUCUUCUGUAGUGUCUCCAGAAUUUUACAAUGGAUGAAAAUGAGUGAUAAAAUCACCACCAAUUUUAUAUUGGUAAUUUUUCCCUUGCCACUGCUGUUUAAAGAAACUAUAUGCUAUGAAAUUGUAGAUGCAGUUUCUGGUAACAAAAUCUUACUGCAUUUAAAAUACCCACAUUUAAGCUUCAUAGGAACUAGAUGCUAUGAAAUUGCAGGUGCCAGUUGAAGUACUCAUUUUCUAAUUAUCGAAAAAUUCCGUUUAGAUGUUCUCAGCUUAGUUAGAAGGAUCUACUGGAGGCAACUGUGUGGGAAUCGCCCUAAAUGUUCACAUUUCAGAGGUAAAUAUUGUAGUCAUUUUAGGAUAGAAGCAAAGAGCCAGAUCCUGCAAAUUCUUACUCAGUGAUAACUCCUAUUGAGCUGAAUUCAGUAGAACUACUAAAACUUUUCAGGAUUAGGCCCGAACAUAAGCAUGUUUUCUAAUCUGCAUCAGUGUUGUAAGUGCUCAGGAAAACCACCUCUUUAAGCAUUAAAAACUGGUUUAUGAGCCUGGGAGAGUUUAGAUAAAGUUACCCAUUUUUCAAGUCAUCUCCAUCUUGAAUGCGGGCCAGAUGCAGGCUCAAAUGAGCCUAUUAGUUAUUGAGAUAUAGUAUGUAGAAGGAAUGCUCUGGGGAAAUGACAAUGAGGCAGUAGAGGGAAAAUCUAAACGUGCAUUAUUUGAAGACCCCAAACUGCCAGAGAGGUUCUGAUGGCUGAUUCCUACCCAAGAAAGCAGCAAAUCAGCUCUACUAAUGAAGCACCUUAGGUACAUUUCUGUAUUUUAUUCUGUGGGAGGAAUGCCAAAGUUACCUGCUCUUUUGUAUUACACUUAUAAUCAGUCCACAUGCAAAAAUUUAGCUUCAUAUUUCCUGAAAGAUCUCAUAGCAUUUCACAAUAAAAUUAAUUUUUCUCUUAUCCCUGUUAAAUUAAACUGGAGUUUUGAAGUUAAAGUUAAGACACUAAAUGUUUUGCAAGCUCACACUACUUAGGAUCGGGUACUUAAAGGUAACUGUUUUAUUUAUGUCCUUUGCUCAGUGUUUCCUUGGUGCAAGGUCAUUUGGAUAUAAAAGCUAAAUGUAAGAUCUCCAAGAGCAACACUUAAAAUAGUUUUUAGGUUUACAAAUGUCUUUUUAUGAGUAAUGUCACAAGUCCUCUAACACACAGCACUUUAAACGGUUAUUAAGUGUUCUGUCUUUAGCCUCUGUGUUCCUCUCUUCCACCCUCUGCAACCAGACUGAAAUCACACCGGCUGCAAAGCAGGGCAGGGCAGAAACUAGCUCCCUGCCCUAAACUGACUACUAGUAUCGGCAUGCAUGGCUCCACAGACUUUAGUGGAGUCAUGGCUGCUUAUUCUCAGUGAUGAAUUUGGCUCCCUGUUGCUGCUCUAGGGGAAAGCAAAAGUAAGUAAUGAAGAUGGGUGGUUGGUGCUCAAUCCCUAUCUGAUGCAUCUCUUCUAACAGGUACCAACAAAAUAAUGCCCUCAGAACAUACAGUAAAAAGCUUGCUCCAGUGAUCUACAUCUGACCACUAAUGGUUUAUAGAUUCACUGCUUUAUUGUCCUUGGAGCAGUUUUAUUUGCUUGAGGCUGUGGUGAUUGGCCUAAUUGUUUUAGGCUCUCUUCACUGCAAAACCUCGGUGAUACAGUAUUUUUCAGCUUACUCCAAGUUUAAUCGGGUAAGAGAGCAUAAGACUUUUCAGAUUUGUCUACUGAAUUCCUAACUGUCAUCCAUCCGAUGGGCAGAGCUAAAGAGGACAUUGAUUGUUUAGCUCGAAAUUCCAUUUUUUAAAGCAGCUAUGUGUUACGGCAUGUACACUGCUGGUAAUUAUUGUGCCUGCUUUGCAAUUCAAAGCUAUUGUUGCUUCAGCUAACGUCUACCUCUAUCAGCCACGAGGCUCCAAAACCAAUUAUCCUAUACAUUUAUCUAAUUCUCCUAUUGUAUAUAUUUCUUUCCAGAAUGAGAUCUAGUUGGAAUUGUGUGUCCAUCAUUAAGGGAAAUGAGCCUGAAAGUUCUAACCAUGUGUUUUUUUAACUUGAAUUUUUCCAUUAAUACCUGGGUCUCUUGACUAGAAGCCAUUGUGCUGGCUUCUCCUAACAGUAUAAUAAUUUAAGCAGUGAAAUAAGUGCUAGUCUGUGUACAUGAUUACAAUGUCAGCAUUUUAAAUGUUACUACAUAGUGUUAGAAUUCAGCUGAGAAUAAUUUAACUCCCCUACUUGGUUUCAUGAGAUACUGGAACUCAUGUGGCCUUAGAAUAAUUCCAAUAUUGCUUAUUGCUCAGGGAUUGAAUGUUUUACCCUCUGCUCACUGGUCCUCCAACUAAGCACCUUUGCAAACAAUCCCACAACAUAUUCAGGUUAGAGGUUAAUAUUUCAUACCAGCUGGAAACUGGGGUUCCAAAAUUUCAGAUUUAAAGCAAUUGGGUUUUUUUCUGCUCUAGAUUAUUAGUCACUAAAAUGGUGUCAUCAUUUCAGUGGGGCUGAGAGUAUCAGUAUGGUAAGAAGAAUGAACUACCUAGGCCUACAAACAAAUUAUUAUGUAAUUGGAAAUUUGGGAACCCAGCUGUAUAUUAAAACUCAUACCUAACUUAUGCUGUGUCCAGGUAGCUCUUUUGUGGAGGCUGACCUAGGCCCAAUUAUGUUAAAUUGUCAAUCCCUGUUAUCUCCUAAAGCAUUUGCUUCUUGCCAAAUUGUUUACAUGCUAUGAUUCAUAGGUGCAAACUUUCCUAAUUCAGAGCCUAUUGAGUAAAGUGGAAUUUCAAAAUCAAUUUAAGUCUUCGUUCAGUUUUGCUUAAACUUUCACCCAGGGGAUUAGCAGUGCUUUUUAAAAUCUCAUUCAUUAGCAGAUUGGGUGUGGGUAUGUAUCAAGUUACUACCAGAUGUCCUUGCACACUCAAAACUAUCUUGGUUGUGAAUUAAGACAUCAGUGGAAGUUUUGGAUGCUCACAGAACACAGCUUGAGCACAUAAAUAAUUUCUGCACCUUAGUGCCUCCUGACUGCUUGAUAUGGAAAAGCACAGUCUUCUGCCCAGGUAAACUGAGAGAGUAAUUGGAAAUGUAAAAUAUUUUAGUGAGGAGUCAUAGCAGUCAAAGUUAAAUGCACAAGUAAGGUAGGCUGUGACUAGGAACACUUAUUUCUCUGCCAAGUUUAU